UUUUCUUGGGGGGAAGAUAUUUUUAUCUACAUGGCUUAUAUUUCUCCCAAAACUAUUUCUAGAAAACUGACAUCGGUCUAAGGAGGCUCCACCACACAGGACACUCCCAGUUCCUCCCAGCCCAGCCACACAAUUACAAAAAAUCUUCUGUUGAAUUGAGGGGCACGUUUCUUCUGUCAUGAAAUCCUGCCCGUCGCUGAGGGUGGACGCCCCAGGGCUGGUGUCCUCGCUCCACAUCUCCUGUUCACCUGGAUCCCCGGGAGCAGAGCCUGCAGGAACAAAGCCCCGGGGCCGGCAGACCCCUCGUGUUCUGGAGUAACCAGGGAAGUGUGGCUGAGCGAGACAUCGCUGGUGAAGAAAUCCUUCGUGGCGCUGAGACAGCAGUGAGGAAAGGAGAAGUAUCUUCCCUUUUGAAAUCUGCCCCUUCCCUUCUGGAUUUCCUCCCUUCCAAACCCCACAGUACAACAAUCACAGUCUCAGUUUCCCAGACCUCCUGCGAGCCAGGCUUCCCCCUCUGUGUCCUUGGCGUGUAUCAACAGGCGAAAUCCUCACCUCCACAGCCCCGUGUCCCUCUGCUCGGUCCCCCUGAGACUGAACCCCCGACCUAGGGGAGAGUGACCCCAUCCUGCCUGUGCCCCCCACUGAAGCUCCUGCUAUGGACAGCUCAGAAGUCGGGAGCCUCAGUGUCUCCUCUGCACAGUGACUCCUUGGGGACAGUGUCCGGCUCUGCUGUGUUGACCUCAUUGUGCAGAAAGGGGGUGCCCACCUCGUACCUGCUGGCAGGGGGAAUGAGAGGCUGCCUGCUCACCCCACCUGCACCCCUGUCUCUCAUGGCCCCGAGUCCCACCUCUGAGCUACACAGACAUCCACAGCCUGUGACUCAGGGGUCUGGCCAGAUGGGACUCAUUUUCACCCUGCAGAAAAUGUCACCUAAGGGGAAGAGCAUUGAGAGUCAGGCAGGAAGUGGGGUGGGCCCUGCAUGGGGUGGGAAUCUGGGCGAGUCUGUCUCCUGCUCUGGCCUCAGGGGCCCAGGAGUGAACAUGGGGUAGUGGACGGUGGAUCUCCCAGGGCUGACCCAGGCCUGACAGUGUCUGGUGUGAAGUUCCUCCUCUGGGGAGGUCACUGUUCUGACCUCACCCCUGUCUUCCUGUGGGGCCUCCUCUAAGUCUUGAGCUCUCACUUCCUGAGAGAAGAGCCCUGAGGAACAGACGUUCCCUGGCAGCCCUGGCACCUCCAACCCCAGACAUGCUGCUGCUGCUGCUGCUGCUGCUGCCCCUGCUCUGGGGGAGGGAGAGGGUGGAGGGACAGAGGAAUAACCAGAAGAAUUACCCACUGACGAUGCAGGAGUCUGUGACGGUGCAGCAGGGCCUGUGUGUCCAUGUGCUUUGCUCCUUCUCCUACCCCUGGUAUGGCUGGAUUUCCUCUGACCCAGUUCAUGGCUACUGGUUCCGGGCAGGGGCCCGUACAGACCGGGAUGCUCCAGUGGCCACAAACAACCCAGCUCGGGCAGUGCGGGAGGACACUCGGGACCGAUUCCACCUCCUUGGGGACCCACAGACCACGAAUUGCACCCUGAGCAUCAGAGAUGCCAGAAGCAGUGAUGCAGGGAAGUACUUCUUUCGUGUGGAGACAGGAAAGACAAAAUGGAGUUAUAAGUAUGCCCCGCUCUCUGUGCAUGUCACAGCCCUGACACACAGGCCCAACAUCCUCAUCCCAGGAACCCUAGAGUCCGGCUGCCCCCGGAAUCUGACCUGCUCUGUGCCCUGGGCCUGUGAGCAGGGGACAGCCCCUAUGAUCUCCUGGAUGGGGACCUCCGUGUCUCCCCUGGACCCCUCCACCACCCGCUCCUCGGUGCUCACCCUCAUCCCACAGCCCCAGGACCACGGCACCAGCCUCACCUGUCAGGUGACCUUCCCUGGGGCCAGUGUGACCACGAACAAGACCAUCCACCUCAACGUGUCCUACCCCCCUCAGAACUUGACCAUGACUGUCUUCCAAGGAAAUGACACAGUAUCCAUAGUCCUGGGAAAUGGCUCAUCUGUUUCAGUCCCAGAGGGCCCGUCUCUGCGCCUGGUCUGUGCAGUUGACAGCAAUCCGCCUGCCAGGCUGAGCCUGAGCUGGGGAGGCCUGACCCUGUGCCCUUCACAGCCCUCAAACCCGGGGGUGCUGGAGCUGCCUCGGGUGCACCUGAGGGAGGAAGAGGAAUUCACCUGCAGAGCUCAGAACCUUCUGGGCUCUCAGCAGGUCUCCCUGAACGUCUCCCUGCAGAGUAAAGCCACAUCGGGACUGACUCAGGGGGCGGUCGGAGCUGGAGCCACAGCCCUGGUCUUCCUGUCCUUCUGCGUCAUCUUCGUCGUAGUGAGGUCCUGCAGGAAGAAAUCAGCAAGGCCAGUCGCGGGCGUGGGGGAUGUGGGCAUAGAGGAUGCAAACGCCGUCAGGGGCUCAGCCUCUCAGGGUACCUUGAUUGAGUCCUGGGCAGAUGACAGCCCCCGACACCAUGGACUGGCUGCUCCCUCCUCAGGGGAGGAAGGAGAGAUCCAGUAUGCAUCCCUCAGCUUCCAUAAGGUGGGGCCUCAGGACCUGUGGGGACAAGAGGCCACCAACAAUGAGUAUUCAGAGAUCAAGAUCCCCAAGUGAGAAACUGCAGAGACUUGGGCUUGUUUGAGGGUUCACAACCCCUCCAGUAAAGGAGUCCGAGGCCGAUUCCUGUAGAAUUAACAGCCCUCGAAGCUGUGCAAUAGGACAUCAGAGCUUAUUCCUCCUGUCUAACUGAAAAUGCAUGCCUGCCUUUCCCCGUCCAAUCAGUCCACACUCCCCGCCCCAGCCUCUGGUACCCAUGAUUCUCCUCUCUACUUCUCUGAGGAUGUCUAUUUUAGAUUCCAAAUAUAAUGAGAUCGUAACGUG